AUGGAGGGUUGUACUAGUGAUGGAAAGUUGGAGGAAGAAAUCGACCUGGGAAUUGGUGUAGCCAGCGGCGUUCUGCGUGAACUAGCCCGACCC